UGAUUGGUUCACGCGAGAAUGCACCCCCAAAUAUGGUCAUGGUCGGGUACGGACGGAGCAUGAAAGAAACAAGGGUUUGCAAGAAGGAACGUUCGUCCUUUGAUCCCACCCUCGGCAAGGGACUUUGUUUCAACUUUGCCUUCCUCACAACCCUUCGUCGACAACAAAUUCGCAAGAAAACCGGUUAAAGGAACCGCGUGGGUUCAAAAUAGAGACAUUGAACAGAAGUGUUUUAAUAAAGCCCUGAUUGAGACUGAUUUCAAGACAUAACAGGGACAGUGUGUGAGAUCGAGGACACCGUACCCUGGCGUCGUACGUCACUCGUACCGUCCGACCCUGACGUGUCAAAACCUCAAAUAUUCAAUCCAUACAGCAAUCUAAGUGUCCUAGGCAUCAGAUCAAGAUGUCGACAGAAGCUUCGGAAGUUGGUAAAAGAAAAAGGGAAAUUGCUGAUGGGGAAUCAUCUGAGGAGACAUUGAGUGAAAAGAAAGCAAAUAGUAAUGUUACAAUAGAUGAAAAAACUGAGUCAAAAGAUGAGAGUGUAAAAGCUCCAUCACCUAAGCGAUCAAAAGAAUCUGGCUCAGAGAGUGAAACUGAUUGCAUUUCUCAAGAGGAUCUUCUUGCCCAACUUGGGCUAAACUCUGUCAAAAAACUACAAACAGUUGAACCAGACCCAAACAGAGUGAUCCAUCCUGAACCACCAAAGCAAUCCAUCCUUGAUCUCCUAAAACAGCCUUUUUCAAAGAAAGUAAUGGCUUCCACUGCCCAACCAGACAAGGAGAAGCCUUUGAGCAAUGGCAGCUUCCCAGAGGCACCCGAAGAUGUGGAGAAUAUUAAAAGCAAGGAAAAGCUGAUCCUUCGCUUGCAAAACAAUUUACGGAAUGAAGAAGCAAAGCUGAUGUUGUUGAGAAAAUUGUACACUUGUCAAAAUGAAAAAGUACAAAAGGAUACGAAUCCAAUCAGAACUAUGGCUGUAUCGCUUGGAACAACCACUCAAGCUGCGACAAGUACAACCGCAAAUCAGCGAAAGACAGCGCUGGCUGGUUCAAGCCAGAAACCACAGCAGCAGUCGCAGCAGUUUAAGACUCAAAAAAAUAUGCAAAAAUUUCAGCAGAAACCAAAGCACCUGCCACCAGUCCUGGUUCAAAAACCAUCAAAUGUUCCGGCAGUCCAACCUCGUGUGGUGUUUCUGAGCCAGCCACGUGGACCCUCAGGACCACAGCCUGUCAUCAUUGCACCAAAACUUCUGCCAGCCUCUGAUGGUAAACGUGACAACCAUCAAAUGAAGGUCCAAAUGGUCAGCCCCUCUGCUAGUAAAACAAGCAGCAAAACCAACCAACAAUCUGGAUUCACCCACAAACCUACAUCUUCAAAACACCUAGUUCAUAUAGACAAUAGUCGACCAGCUGAAAAUGGCCUUACGAAAUCGGUGAAGAAAAUGCGCAGUCAUCAAUCUGCAGAGCAAUCUCAUGCAGAGGCCAAAAUGGCGCUUCGUAAACAACUAGAAAAAACACUUCUUGAAAUACCUCUUCCUAAACCACCUGUCCAGGAUUGGAAUUUUGUCCCUAGUGUGAACACACAAGAUUUCACCAUACUUAUUGGUCUCGAGGGCGUCGUGAAUCAUAUUAUCGAGUCCCAGACUAUGUCCUCGAAGGCAGCUAAGAAUGUCGUCUCUCCUAAAUUCUGUUCGCAAUGUGAUACUGACUUUACGCCGGGUUGGAGAGUUAACGCGAAAGACGCGGCUGGCGCGAACGAGGGCACGUUGUGUGAAUCGUGUUACACGCAAAAGAUUAAAAAGACUUUGAAAACCGAACACACAACGCGAUUGAAAGACGCUUUUAUGAAAGCAUUGAAACAAGAACAGGAGGUUGAAAAGAAGUUUCAAUUAUCUGGGGUGUCCGUAUCGACCGUUGGCAAAACAAGCGCCACGGUUAAACCUCAGGCGGUCCGCGUCUCCUCCACCCACCAGCCCAUUCACGCUUCUCCGGCGCGUAUUGUCUACCACCCCGUACACCCCAUACCUCAGCCCCAGGUGUACCAACCUCAUCACUCUAUAGUUCAUCAGCUACAGCAGCAACAGUUGCAACAACAACACCAAGAAAUCGACGGUCCACAUCGUCAGGAGUCCGCGAGAUACUUCGCCUAUGUUGGCCAGCCGACGCCAAAACAGAGACAUAACUACACUUCGGAUAACGACAGGCAGAGAGAAUAUUUACUAGACAUGAUUCCCUCUGGACACUCCUCGAGAAGUUAUCGCAUAUAAAAUGGCAAGAGACUUAUAACAUAAUAAUAAAUAAAAAUAAAAACAUAGUAUUAUAUCUAUGCCAUGCACUUUUCCAAUAAUUUUCUCAGGAAUGCGCGGUUUUGAACCAAAACUUCCAAACCUAAAUCAAUGUCGUCUUGAAAUUGAGUGUUAAAGUUUAGUGUGGACAUAAUAUGCCGCCUGCGACAAUUAUUUGGACUCGAACUAAACAAAGCUUUAUCGGCAAAUUAUAAAGUAAAUAUACAUUGUACUUUUUGUAAUAUAAUAUAAUUUAUAUUCUCUAAAUUUAUGCUAUUUAUGUUGACAAAAUAGCCUUGCAUUACAUGGUUU